GGAGGUGGUAGACACAUUUAGCUUUCUCAAAGCGAGGUUUUCACUGGAAUAUCUGUUCAGUGUGUCCAGAAAGGAAUUGUCAAGAAGCAUUACCGAAAGCCUGUUUUCUCUUCCACUUUAUCGUACCCGCUUCACGCUGGAACCCAUCAGUGACGUAUUUAAAAGAGUAAAGAAAAUGGGAGUGCCUCCGUCAACCAAGACGUUUUUCUUUAAACUCCAUACGUCCACUUUGCCCGUAAAACCUUAUCUCCAAAAAAGGGGAAUAUUUGUUCCCUGGACAGUUAAUUGUAGAUUAUGUAAUAAGCCAGAGACGAUAGAGCACUGUUUUAUAUACUGCAGUGACGCGUUUUUAUUUUGGGACGUGCUACAACGCACGCUAAAAAAAGACUUAGUCCUCAACGAUUACAGCCUUCGCUUCCUACCGUUUUCAGAAAACGAGACCGUCCCGUAUGACAUGUUCGCGCUUCUGGGAUUACAUAGUCUCUGGAAGUGUCGUAUGAUAGAUAGGCAUGCGGAGAAACCACGCACGACGAAAUCGCUUUUUUUACAACAAGUGGCGCAAGUCAGAAGUAUCUAUGCCUCAAAACUAAGCCAACCUGACUGGUUCCCCAUGUUUGAUGCAUGCCUUGGGCUUCCGGAUUUUUGA